GAGGAGGAGAAGAAAAGGAGGAGGAGGAGGAGGAGGAAGGUCCCCGCGGACCCCCGCUCUCCCUUGGGCCGCCUCCAUCCCGGGCCGGAGCGCAGGCCGGGCUCCGCGGAGGCCGGAGCCGGAGUCGGAGGAUGGAGCGGCCGGCGGGGGCCGCGGAGGCGGUCGGCGGCCGGGACGGGGCCGCCUGCCACUGACCCCCAGGGGCCCGAGGCACCCGAGGGACCGGAGGGACCGAAAGGAUGGGGGCGCCGCGACCUGUCAGCGUGGGCUCCCAGGGGCCAGCUCCCAGGCCCUGGGGGCAGCUGCGCGACGCUUACAUCAGCCUGCUGCUCGGAGCGCUCAUGGGCCAAGUAAUCGAGGGCCGAGGAGUCAUGGACACUUUACAGAGAUUUUCGUCACUACCGACGUAUCUACCUGUGAGCUAUCACAUCCUUAGUGCUGAGACUUCAUUCUUUCUCAAAGAAGCCAACCAGGAUUUUAUGAGGAACUCCAGUUUGCAAUCCAGAGUCGAGUCAUUCUUCACCUAUAAAGCCAAGAGCCCCCCCGUGUUGAACGCUAGCUACGGACCGUUUUCUGUUGAACAAAUUGUACCUCCUGACCUGAUGCCAUCUUCCAGUUUUUUUGGCUCUACCAAUAAAUUUACCUUUAACUGGAAGCUGAAGGCAUACAUCCUGAGUGAGAAGAUUUACCCGAACAGGCCCAAAGUCCAGAUCUUGUUCUACAUCGCAGGCAGGGAUUGGGACGACUACAGCAUGGCAGAAAGACUGCCUUGCCUGAGGGUGUUCGCUUUUCGGGAGACCCGGGAGGUGAGAGGCAGCUGCAGGCUGGCCGGGGACCUCGGCCUGUGCGUCGUGGAGCUGGAGCUCCUGUCCGGCUGGUUCAGCCCCCCGACGGUCGUCGCCGGGCGGAAGAAGGCCCCGGGCCAAUCGGAAGGGAGUCCUGUGGAACUUUACUACACCAUCCAACCGGGGGACGAGAAGGGAGAGUGCACCACCGAGGAUGGAAGGAAGGGCAAUGCAAUCCGUCCCGGGAAGGAAGGUCUGGGGGAAACUACAUCCCACUUGCAAAGGAUUGGCACCGUUGCCCUUUAUCAGAACCCGGAGUCUUCUCAGCUCAUCGAGCUCCGACUGGAUGGUGACGUGGUUAUCUGGCUGCCGUCGAAGCCUGCCAAGCAAGGAGAGGUGAUUAGUGCAUAUGUGACCAUUGCCUACAACUCCACCAUUGAUCUGUUCAUCCUGAGGGCCAAGGUGAAGAAGGGAGUGAAUAUCCUCAGCAUGAAGUCAAGUGACCCACAGCAUUGGGACGUAAAGCAGGAAUUGGGAAACGGUGGAAAACACUCAACCACGACAAUUGUUUGCCAGCGGGUGGUGCCAAGUUUGAGGAACAGGAGCAAUAGUCUUUUUAAUGAAGUCGUGCAGAUGAACUUUGAAAUAGCCAGUUUCAGCAGCCUGUCUGGGACCCAGCCAAUCACAUGGCAGGUAGAAUAUCCUCGACAAGGCACCACUGACAUUGCUAUCUCAGAAAUUUUCGUCAGCCAGAAGGACCUCGUGGGAAUUGUCCCGCUGGCCAUGGACACGGAAAUUCUGAAUACAGCCAUUCUCACCGGGAAGACCGUAGCGGUGCCCAUCAAAGUGGUCUCCGUAGAAGAGAAUAGCGCUGUGGCGGACAUUUCCGAAUUGGUGGAGUGCAAGUCUUCAGACGAGGACGUCAUCAAGGUGUCUGACCGAUGUGACUAUGUUUUCGUCAAUGGCAAAGAAAUGAAAGGCAAGGUUGAUGCAGUAGUGAACUUCACCUACCAAUAUCUCCGCGCCCCUCUGAAGAUGACAGUGUGGGUGCCCCGCCUGCCUCUUCAAAUUGAAAUCUCCGACGUGGAGCUGAGCCAAAUCAAAGGCUGGAGAGUGCCCAUUGUUUCCAAUAAGAGACCCACACGAGACAGUGACGACGACGACGAGGAUGAGAGGAGAGGCAGGGGCUGUGCCCUCCAGUUCCAGCAUGCCAUGGUGAGGGUGCUGACCCAAUUUGUAGCAGAAGGCUCAAAUCCCUGGGGGCAGCUGUCAUAUUUGCUCAGCUCUGACUGGCAGUUUGACAUCAGUGACCUGGUCACAGACUUCAUGAAACUGGAGGAGCCUCAUGUAGCCAAAUUGCAGGAUGGGAAGAUUUUGAUUGGAAAGGAAGUUGGUAUGACGACGGUACAGGUUCUGUCACCGCUUUCAGACACCAUCCUAGCCGAGAAGACGGUGACGGUGCGGGAUGACAAGGUGACGGUCACAGACCUGGGUGUUCAGCUGGUAACUGGACUCUCUGUCAUCCUUCAGUCCAGCUCCGAGAAUCACAAGGUUAUCCUGGCCACAGCCACGGCCCUGGAGCUGCUUCAUUCUCCCAAACAGGAAGCCGUGGUCAGCACGUGGAUCCAGUUCAGCGAUGGCUCAGUGACCCCGCUGGACAUUUACGAUCCCAAAGAUUUCUCCCUCUCGGCCACCUCCCUGGACGAGUCCGUCGUAUCGGCUCAUCAGGACUCCUCCCUGAGGUGGCCGGUGGUGGUGGCCGAAGGGGAAGGCCAGGGCCCCUUGGUAAAAAUGGACAUGAUGAUCUCGGAGACCUGCCAGAAAUCCAAGCGGAAGAGCGUGCUGGCGGUGGGGACGGGCAGCAUCAAGGUCAAGUUCGGGCAGAACGAUGCCGGGUCCCACCCCGGCCCCAACUACGACGGCGAUGAGAUCGAGAACCACGCCAGUGAUCGCCGGCAGAAGGUCCAGGAGCAGGAGCGGUCUGGUCAGGACGGCCGUUUUUUCGGAGGCUCCCCCGUGGACCGGGAAGAAGGCGCCCUGCGGAAGGUCAGCACCACCGCGAGGGCCAUGAUCAAUAACAAAGUGGUGAAAAACAGCAAGCUGGACGGGGGCAGGCUCGCGGGCGACGGCCAGUUGCAAAACAUCCCCAUCGACUUCACCAACUUCCCCGCUCAAGUCGAUCCCCCAAAGAACCACGGAGACCUGGAGGAGAACGAUCUGGUGCAGACCCCCAAAGGCCUCAGUGACCUGGAGAUCGGGAUGUACGCGCUGUUAGGGGUCUUCUGCUUGGCCAUCGUCGUCUUCCUGAUCAACUGUGCCACCUUCGCCCUGAAGUAUCGGCACAAGCAAGUCCCCGCGGAAGGGCAGGCCCCCAUGACUCACUCCCACGACUGGGUCUGGCUUGGGAACGAGGCCGAGCUGUUGGAGAACGCCGGCGACCUGAACCACCAGCAGGACGAGCGCACCACCAUCAUAGACCGGGGCCUGGGUUAUGAGGAGAGCAACCACCUCCUCGAUGGCGGCGGUCAGAAGAACGUGCAGAGCCAGUUCCACGGACCUGUGGACUCAGGGGGAAAGCCAGGGAAAGAACAGAGACCCGAACCUUUACACUCCCCCACCUCCAAGCGGAAGCGGGUAAAAUUCACCACGUUCACCACCAUCCCUCCAGACGACAGCUGCCCCACCGUCAACUCUAUCGUGGGUGGCAACGAUGAUGAUAUCAAAUGGGUGGGCCAGGAUUUGGGCCUGGGAGACUCCAAAGAACUGAGAAACUAUAUGGAGAAAUUUAAAGACAAAGCAUAGCCCUCUCUGGAUAAAGGGUCCGUCACACCUCGAUGCCUUCAGUUCUACAGUACAGAGGGAGACUGGAAACGAUUCAAAAGUGGGGUGAUUAGCUGUGCGGGGGGAGGGGUGGGGUGGAGGGCACGCACCCUCAAACCACUGGGAGGCUUCUGUAAUUGGCAAAAUCACUUCUGCCAAAAGGGUAUUUCAACAGUGGACGAUCAUGAGAUUUGGCAGGUCAGGAGGAUGAACUUUCAGAAAGGACUGAUAGGAUGAACUGGGCAAGGUGAGGUUAUGAAAAUUAUUUUAUGGGUCAAAAAAGAAGACAGACAAGUUACCAAAAACGAUUUGUAAAAAAAAAAAGUAAAUAAAAAGAGACAGAAACGAUACACUGUUUAUAUUUCUAAUAAAGCAUCAAAAUAUAAAAAUAGGACCUGCUAAGAGACUUUUUGCAUUUUAACCCAAAAUAUGUUUCUUCUUCUGAAGAUAAGCUCUCGGUGUUACGAAUGGAGGUAAGAGAAGACUAUUCCUAUCCUGGAGGUGCUUUUUUCCCUUCUGGGGCUGGAUUGUUUCCUCAAUCUUUCUUCGGAAUUGGGUCUUCUCUUUCUAUCUCUUUUUAAAUACUUGAUUCCGUUAAGUUUCUGAGGACCUAGAAGUAAUUGUUUUUCCAAAUUAACCAUGAAUUACAUUCGUUCUCAUCGGGCAACCUCCUAGAAGUAGGAUAGAUUAAUCGUUUCAGUGUGUUAUCUCCAAUGAAGUGGGACCCACUGGUUUCUCGGUAGUUGAAACCUCUUGAGUAACAAAGUUUGUAACAGUUGUACAACCAAUCUUUCCAUGUUUUUCCCGAGGUUAUCUUGGUUGUCCUGGAAACAUGAGAGGUGGUUGAACUGGUAAUAGGGCACGUCCCUCCCUAUUUGUCAUGUUGUAAGCUUCUUCCCGCACCCCACUCCCAACUUACAAGUUGCUAUGCUCAUCACAGAGUGAUCAGGUCUGCACAUUUACCCAUCUGUAUUCGAACUUUAGGAUUUCAAUUCCCUACAAAGAUGAUGAAAGAGGGGGAAUUAUGUUUAGGAGUAGGAUAACCAGUUCCUAAAUCGCCCAUUCAAUGUCAAGUUAUUUAUUGAGCGACUUCCAUGUCCGGAGCACUCAACUAAGUGCUUGGGGAAGGAGUCCUCUAACAACAAAAGAUAGUCUCUGUCCUUAAGGAAUUUACAUGGUAACGGGGGAGUGCCCCACUAAGUGGAGAUGGUUCAUUUGAGUCUCAUUAAAGAUGCUCAGAGCUGAAAUCAAACAGAGGCGACUGGUGCAAGCACAGAUGGAGAAUCUACUAGAUUUUUAACAGUAUUUUUGUCCAGCAGCACAGUGAAACCGAUCAUCUAGAAUGAAGUGAAUUAUUCAUAGUAAAGAAGACCUCAAUUGGCUCUAAUCCCUUUUGUAACUGGCAAUCCUAAAUCCCUCCUUCACUGCAGCCUUUCUUUAAAAAAAGGGAACUGUCUUGCAGUUGUCAACCUGCCAUUCCUUGCAUUCCCGAUCCAAUUCUUUUUCAUGACUUGAAAUGAUCAUUUUGAAGACAAGGACCCUGGAAUCCGAUAACGUGUAGCUAGAUCUUUUAGCAAGAUACUCCUAGAAUGUGUUGUAGACUGAAAGAAUGUAAUAUUUAUUUAUCCAUGUGCUAUAAAUUGUAAUUAAAUUGCUUUCAUGCCUUGACAAAUUAA